CUCAUGCUUGGCACACAGGUGUCUUGUUACUAGGGACGGGAGGGGGAGUGGCUGGUCACCACUGCUUAAAUACUGAAGGAAUCCUACUCUAGUCAGUCAGUCUUCUACAGAAACCGGUUCAGAAGUCUAACUUUCAGAGAUACAUCUUCAUCAUGAGCAAGUGGGCGCCAGUUGCUUCCCUCGUCCUGUUCCUUGUCGUCCUGUGGACCCAAGAUGUGAUGCCAGCCCAGACUGGGAAUCGGCUUGAUGGAGAUCAAACAGAUGAGGACGCGAUCAUGGGAUUCAGGUUAGCCAUGAUGGAAGAAGAAAGGUCGGGAGUGAACAAGAGUGGGUACACGGUCUACUGUAUGGACAAUGGAUGCCUCGACAAGAAAGGAAGAUGUGGAAUCUAUUGGUGGUCUUCCUGCAAGUCAAGGAUCUCUUCACUUUGCUCUGGGAUCUGCACUUGCUGCAUCAAAUAACAGACCACCAGAAGACGACUUUCAGUGGAGUGACACCGAGGAUGUGGCCUUACAUUUCGGGAGGGAAAUAACUGUCUUUGUUCACAACCUCGUCAUUUUUAUUCUUAAGACAGGGGUUUUCAUGAAACGGUCACACGACAGCAUAACCAUUAACAAGACAGUAAAGAAUUGUAAAAUCA